AUGCGGCAGUGCUGUCCUGGCAAUAUAUUGGACGGCAUUUGCACCUAUUCGAUCAGUUCACGGGAUCUAUUCGUCGGAGACCUAAUCAGGACCUGGCAAGACUUUUCGGUGUCUUGCAUCUAUUAUGGCCUCGGGUUUCUGGCGACUGUCUUGGUAUCUGAAAGCUUAUCCCAUGCGGUAUCUCAACUUCACAUAGCGGUACGGUGGGCGAUCAUCACUAUUCAGCAUUGGUUUUCGUCACCACGACACCUAAUACCUUGGACGCUGAGCACAGCUCUACUGGACAAUUCCCGGAUGAUCAUUGGUUCUACGGCGCUACUCUCCAUUAAUCCUGCCUUUUCCUUGUCUUUAUUACAUGGUUUCCUACAGCAUUUCUUUCGCGCGUUCUCCCUCCUUCGGAUAUGGUCUGCCAGAUUGUGGGGAGGUCAAGAUUGCAAGGGGACGAACACAUAA